AUGGCAGCCUCUCUCCUCCCCCAGAAUUAUGUUCUCGACUUGCAUGAUUUUGCUGCCAUACUUCUUGAUUGUCAUGCUCGUAUUGGAGGCAGGUUUGCCAAUGCACGGCUCACCGAGGUCGCAAAGGCUCCUAUCCCGCUUCAAACGCUCCCUUCGCACAUUCUCCCCCUUCACUACCACACCGUUACUAGAGGACAGUCAAGAAUUACCUACAUUCUUCGUACCAAUCCAUCUGAUGGUGAACGUGUCACCAUCAGCACCUUUGCCGAUCCUAGCGGCGUUAAGACCCCUAAUGGUAAUGCGCUCACGCGUCGCGAGCUCGAGAACAUAUUCUGGCGAUGCAAAAGUUACGAUAACGGGUAUGUUCUGGCUUAUGCGGCGCAGAGGGUGUUUGAACGGCUCCCAUCGACGGCCCGACUCCGCGCCCGUACAUCAUCGGGUUAUGAGAUCAUCUGCGCUCUGUCGGAUGUGGUCGUCGCCGAAAUCGACAUUUACCCUCGGGAGGCAUGUCUCAUGGUCGUUUACGAGCAUUGCCUACAUCUUGGACCUACAUUCAUCAAUAUGACACAACAUCUCUCUGGGUUUGACAUCCCCAUGCCCUGGGUGUACCUAUUGGUUGGGAAGCCGCACUCUGCGGGCCUAGAAAGAGACACACGAAAGAGACACACGAGUCGUAUUCGACCUAGCCUUGCCUCAGAUUGGUGGUAG